GGUAGAGGUGGUGGGGGGGCCUGCCGCUGGAAGAGCAGCGGCUGGAGCCGGGGCGAUGGCGAAGCUACUGAGCUGCGUCUUAGGCCCCCGGCUCUACCGGGUCUAUCGGGAGAGGGACUCAGGACGGACCCAGUCUAGCGUUCCCGGGACUCCGGCUGCCAUCGCCACCUCCCCGGCUGGCUCCUGGGAGUCCUAUUAUCAGCCCAGGGCCCUGGAGAAACAUGCUGACAGCAUCCUGGCGUUGGCCUCAGUCCUCUGGUCCAUAUCUUAUUAUUCCUCUCCCUUGGCUUUCUUCUACUUGUACAGAAAAGGUUACUUGUGUAUGUCAAAGGUGGUGCCAUUCUCUCAUUAUGCAGGGACAUUACUACUGCUUCUAGCAGGUGUGGCCUGUCUUCGAGGCAUUGGCCGUUGGACCAACCCUCACUACAUCCAGUUCAUCACCAUUUUGGAAGAGACUUAUAGGAAUAACUCCCCAGAGAAUAAGAAGCAACUGUCUGCUUACAACUUUGACUUUAAGAGCUGGCCUGUUGACUUCCAUUGGGAAGAACCCAGCAGCCGGAAGGAUUCCCAGCGUGGUCUCUCCCACAAAGGUGUAUCCCUGCUUCGAACUGAACCGCUGCAUCGGGGGACAGCUGAUAAUUUCCUCAACCGUGUUAAGAAGCUUCCCUGUCAGAUUGCCAGUUUCUUGGUAGCACAUACCCUGGGGCGCCGAAUGCUGUACCCUGGUUCUGUGUACCUGCUCCAGAAGGCCCUCAUGCCCAUGUUGCUGCAGGGCCAGGCUCGGCUGGUAGAAGAGUUUAAUGGUCGACGAGCCAAACUGGUGGCCUGUGAUGGUAAUGAGAUCGACACCAUGUUUAUUGACCGGAGAGGCAUGUCAGAACCUCAGGGACAGAAGCUGGUCAUCUGCUGUGAGGGCAAUGCUGGAUUCUAUGAGGUUGGCUGCCUCUCCACACCUCUGGAAGCCGGAUAUUCGGUCCUGGGUUGGAAUCAUCCUGGCUUUGCUGGCAGCACGGGAGUCCCAUUCCCUCAGAAUGAAGCCAAUGCCAUGGAUGUGGUGAUCCAGUUUGCUAUCCAUCGCCUUAACUUCCAACCACAGGACAUCGUGCUCUAUGCCUGGUCCAUUGGGGGUUUUACUGCCACGUGGGCUGCCAUGUCCUACCCAGAUAUCAGUGCCCUGGUAUUAGAUGCCUCCUUUGAUGACCUGGUACCCUUGGCCCUAAAGGUCAUGCCUGACAGCUGGAGGACCCUUGUGACUCGAACAGUGAGACAGCACCUGAAUCUGAACAAUGCUGAGCAGUUAUGCAGGUACCAGGGGCCAGUGCUACUGAUCCGACGAACCAAGGAUGAGAUCAUUACCACUACGGUCCCUGAUGAUAUUAUGUCCAACCGUGGCAAUAACCUUCUGCUGAAACUUCUGCAGCACCGGUACCCCAAGAUAAUGGGGGAGGAGAGUCUUCGAGUGGUGAGACAGUGGUUGGAGGCUUCCUCCCAGCUAGAGGAAGCCUCUGUGUAUAGUCGCUGGGAAGUGGAUGAGGACUGGUGUGUGUCUGUUCUCCGAUCCUACCAGACAGAACAUGGGGGUGACUUCCCCUGGAGUGUUGGAGAUGACAUUAGUGCAGACGGGCAGCGGCAGCUGGCUUUGUUUUUGGCUCGGAAACACUUACACAACUUUGAGGCUACCCACUGUACCCCACUUCCUCCCCAUGAGUUCCAGAUCCCUUGGAAGCUCUAGAAGAACUUGAAGUGGGGGUGGCCUUUUAGGGGAGGGGUAUAGUGAGUGGGGAAUCCUUUUCUCCGUGAUACUUCGUGUUCUUGUUGUUGUUUAUUGUUUUGGGGGAACAGAGGGAUUGUCCAUCCUCCUCCAUUUUUCCCCAUCCUCCUUCCGCAGCACGACUCCUGCCUCCCCCAUCUCUCUGCAUUUUCUUUCCCACCCCUUUAAAUGACCACAGAUUAUUCAGAAUAAUAAAAGGUAUUUUUUCUA